CCGCCCAUCCCCCGAUUCCAAGAGCCGCAGCGAGUACGCGCAGCGCGCGUCUGGACACUGAUGAGAAGCAGCACUGAUUAAGCAGAAAAAACAGAAAGGAGUUUAAGCGAGCGACUCCCACGAGAAAAGAAGCGCCGCACUGUUCGGGAAAUUUCAAUGGGAAGAAGACUGUAGUCAUUUUUGAAUCAAAAUGGCAGAGUGGCGCGCAUGUUCGGACACGGGAAAGUUGCAACGGAUAAUUUGAGAGAGACAAUUCUGGGAUAUUAGUGGACUCGAGCUGCGCUGCUGGAUUUGAUCUGUCCUUAAAGGAGAAGUGGAUUUUUACACUGAACUCAAGAGAGUGAUUUUUAUGACGUCAGUUCACUCAGCUGUAAUGUCUUGAAGCAGUAUCCGGCCCUUUUGAAGGAUGUACAGCGAGUGCUGAUGGAAACUGCUGCUCCAAUAUGAGUGUUCAUGAUGUUGGCGGGAGACGACGCUUUGAGGACUCCGAGUUCACCCUGCGCAUCUACCCAGGGGUCAUCGCCGAGGGCACCAUCUACUGCCCCAUCACCGCCCGCAAGGUCACUUCAGCCGCCGAGGUCAUCGAGCAAAUCAUUGACCGGCUGCAGCUAGAUCGGACAAAAUGCUACGUCCUGGCGGAAGUGAAGGAGUUCGGCGGGGAAGAAUGGAUCCUCAACCCCACCGACUGUCCCGUCCAGCGCAUGAUGCUGUGGCCUCGCAUGGCCCUGGAGAACCGCUUCAGCGGCGAGGACUACCGCUUCCUGCUACGGGAGAAGAACCUCGACGGCUCCAUCCACUACGGCAACUUGCAGAUGUGGCUGCAGAUCACGGAAGAGCGGCGGCGCAUGGUGGAGCGGGGCUUCCUGCCGCAGCCCUUGCCGAAGGACUUCGAUGACCUCUGUAACCUGCCGAAUCUCACCGAGAAGACCCUGCUGGACAACCUGCGGAGUCGCUUCAAGCAGGAGAAGAUCUACACGUACGUGGGCAGCAUCCUCAUAGUCAUCAACCCCUUCAAGUUCCUGCCUAUCUAUAAUCCCAAAUAUGUUAAGAUGUACGAUAAUCACCAGCUGGGCAAGCUGGAGCCGCACAUCUACGCGGUGGCGGACGUGGCCUACCAUGCUAUGCUGCAAAGUAAGCAGAAUCAAUGCAUUGUUAUUUCUGGGGAGAGUGGAUCGGGCAAGACUCAAAGCACCAACUUCCUGAUCCACCACCUCACGGCUCUCAGUCAGAAGGGCUUUGCUAGUGGAGUGGAGCAGAUCAUUCUGGGAGCCGGACCAGUGCUGGAGGCUUUUGGCAAUGCUAAAACAGCCCACAAUAACAACUCCAGCCGUUUUGGGAAGUUCAUCCAGGUGAACUACCAGGAAAGUGGCACUGUUAGAGGGGCUUAUGUUGAGAAAUACCUGCUGGAGAAGUCCCGGCUCGUCUAUCAGGAACACAAUGAAAGGAAUUACCAUGUGUUUUACUACCUGCUGGCUGGAGCGAGUGAAGAGGAGAGGACGGCGUUCCACCUCAAAAAGCCUGAAGAAUACCAUUACCUCAAUCAGAUGACAAAGAAACCUCAAAGGCUGCACUGGGAAAAUUACUAUGAGAACGAACCGCAGGAUUGCUUCACAGUCGAAGGGGAGGAUCUUAAGCACGACUUUGAGCGCUUGCAGCUGGCUAUGGAGAUGGUGGGCUUCCUUCCCACCACACGUAAACAGAUUUUCUCUCUGCUGUCAGCUAUCCUUCAUUUAGGGAAUAUCCGAUACAAGAAGAAGAUUUACCGGGAUGACUCCAUUGACAUCUGCAAUCCUGAAGUUCUGCCUGUAGUAUCAGAGCUGCUCGAGGUCAAGGAGGAAAUGCUGUUUGAGGCCCUGACAACACGGAAGACGGUGACAGUGGGCGAGAAGCUGAUAGUCCCAUACAGGCUGGCUGAGGCUGGGACGGUACGGGACUCCAUGGCUAAGUCCCUCUACAGCGCCCUCUUUGACUGGAUCGUGUUCAGGAUCAAUCAUGCCCUGCUCAACCAACGGGACUUGGAAGAGUCAGCCAAGAUCCUGUCCAUCGGGGUUCUCGAUAUCUUUGGCUUUGAAGACUACGAGAACAACAGCUUUGAGCAAUUCUGCAUCAACUUCGCCAACGAGAGACUUCAGCACUACUUCAACCAGCACAUCUUUAAGCUGGAGCAGGAAGAGUACCGAGCAGAAGGCAUUGCCUGGCAUAACAUCGAUUACAUCGAUAACACCGGCUGCAUCAACCUCAUCAGCAAGAAGCCCACAGCACUGCUCCAUCUACUGGACGAAGAAUGCAACUUUCCACAGGCCACCAAUCAGACCCUCCUGGACAAGUUCAAGCGGCAGCAUGAGGGAAACGGCUAUAUUGAGUUUCCUGCAGUCAUGGAGCCGGCCUUCAUCAUUAAACACUAUGCAGGGAAAGUCAAAUAUGGAGUGAAGGACUUCAGGGAGAAGAAUACGGACCACAUGCGGCCGGACAUCGUCGCGCUUCUCAAGAGCAGUAAGAACGCCUUCAUCUGUGGCCUGAUCGGUAUUGACCCAGUGGCCACCUUCCGCUGGGCUGUACUCAGGGCUUACUUCAGAGCCAUGGUGGCCUUCAGGGACGCUGGGAAGAGACAUGUGGAGAAACGCAGCGGGCAUGAUGCUGCUGCUCCAGUUGUGAAAAGUGUGGAUAGCUUUAGUUUUCUGCAUCACCCUGUGCAUCAGAGAAGCUUAGAGAUCCUGCAGAGGUGCAAAGAGGAGAAAUACAGUGUGAACAGGAGGAAUCCUCGCACGCCACUCUCUGAUCUGCAGGGAAGCAACACACUCAAUCAACGAGAGGGCUGGAACGGGCGUCCUGGGAGACAACACCGUCUGUCCUCCGCCGGGUCCUUCAGCGAGGAGGACGGCAUCUUCGUCAACUCCACCAGCAGUAAACUCCUGGAGCGAGCCCAUGGCAUCCUCAUGAGAAAUAAAAACUAUAAGAUGAAGCCCAGUCUCCCCAAGCACUUGCUGGAUGUCAAGUCUCUGAAGUACCUGAGUAACCUGACGCUACACGACCGCAUCACAAAGUCCCUGCUGCACCUCCACAAGAAGAAGAAACCCCCGAGCAUUAGUGCUCAGUUCCAGGCCUCUCUCAACAAGCUGAUGGAGACGCUUGGUCAAUCAGAGCCGUACUUCGUGAAGUGCAUACGAUCGAAUGCAGAGAAGCUGCCUCUGCGUUUUAAUGAUGGCCUGGUGUUGAGACAGCUUCGCUACACAGGCAUGCUGGAAACCGUGCGCAUCCGACAAUCUGGCUACAGCAUCAAGUACACUUUUCAGGAUUUUGCUCGACAUUUCCAUGUUCUGUUACCUGAGGGUACCAACCAGGCCAGCCAGGACGCUCUCAGACGGUACCUGAGCCAGGUGGAUCUCACUCCCGAAGGGUUCCAAGUGGGCCGUACCAUGGUGUUCCUGCGUGAAAUAGAGCGUCAGCGGCUGCAAGACCUGCUCCAUCAGGAGGUGCUGCGCAGAAUCAUUAAUCUCCAGCGGCGUUUCAGAGCUCUUCUAGAGAGAAAGAACUUCCUCAGAAUGAGACAGGCUGCCUGCCAGAUACAGAACUGGUGGAGGAGCUGUCAGUCUUCACAGAACGACAGCAGGCUUGAGUAUGACAUGCGUGUCCAGCAGGGGGCAGCGGUCUGUAUUCAGUCGGCCUGGAGAGGCUGUAGAGAGAGGCGUCGACUCUUGCUGUGGAGGGAGGCAGCCCUGGUGAUCCAGAGAAACUGGAGGCUGUUUCGGCGGGAGCGGGCGGCCCUCCGGAUCCAGACUGCAUGGAGAAGACACAGGGCCAGAGAGCUCUACCUCCGGCAGCAGGAUAUCACUAUCCGCCUGCAAGCAAUGGGUAGAGGCUAUCUGGCGAGGCAGAGAUUCAGAGAACUUGAAGAGCAGAGAUUAAAAACCACACAGCUGACGAAUGGAAAAACCAAUGUGUUAACCGACGAGGACAAGCUUCGAGACAUGGGUUUGUGGGAAGACUCCUACGAGAAGCAGGACAGGAGGAAACCGGUCAUCAGUGGCGAUGUUUUGGAAGAGAUGGAGCCGGAGAUGACGGAAGGUACGGCAAUAGUACAACCGACUUCUGAAGUGGCAAUCCGAGAAAGACCGCGGACUCUGGAGGAUCCCAACCUGAGGACACGGGCCAAACGGGAGAGUCGACGGAUGCGAGAGCUGGAGCAGGCCAAAUUUAGCUUGGAGCUUCUUAAGGUGCGCUCCACUGGAGGAACGUCUCCUUCGGAAGAAAUGGAGCUGGUCAGCGAGAUCACUCACACUCCUCAGGGUACUCCAGAUAGCCAGAGCUCCAAAGGCAGCUUUGAGCUACUCAACAUUGAUGACUAUUUCAAAGACAAGGCACCUUGUGCUGAACCAGAGGAUCUUGGUUCUCCAUCUUCUGUGCCAGACCAGCACGAUGUGUUCUCCAACAUUCCCGAGCCCGCUUUGCCCUCUGACACACCUGAUAUCUCUUCAGAACCAGCUGGCCAACCUCAACCUCCCAGAAUACAGAACUCACUCCCUACUUUCUACACCCCUCCAUCAGAAAGCAGCUCUCUAAUUGUGAAGCCUACCAUGAAUUCAGCCACCCCGCUCCCUGAAGGUCCCAGCAAGCCUGUGAAAGACAAGGAGUCCACUCGGAGGCCCUUGGUUGUGGUUAUUAGUAUGCAGAAAGAAAGCGUCUUAAAUGAAGCAGAUCUGAAGCCUCCCGAGGUCAAAGACAGUGCCGUCCAGACCAGCCCAGCACAGCCUAGCAGCGACAGCCUUUCUGUGCUGGAAAAGCUUGAGAAGCUCAAUGAGGAAAGGCAAGAGCGUCAGAAACAUCAGCAGCAGCAACAUGAAAAGGAGAUGAUGGAGCAGAUCCGUCAGCAGAAGCACAUCCUGGAAGAACAGCGUAAGCAUUACGUCCAACAUGAGAGGGAGAUGUUUGAGAAGCAGAGGGUCGAGGCUCUGCAAAGGAUUGAGCAGAGCAGACAAGAAGGUUCCAGAGGAAGGCCAGACAGAUUCUUUACGGACAGAGGACCUGCUCCAAUUGCUCAGCCAGAGCCUGACCUCAGCUCCCAGACAUUAGUCCCAGAAAAGGAAUCCGCUCCUUCCAUUUUCAGAGACCGACCAAAGGACAGCCGCAGCAUAGCAGAAGGGUGGGCUCCAAAGUUGACCCUGGAAUCCAGAGAUGAAGCCAGAAAGCGAAUAAACAAGAAACCGUCCACUCAGAAUGUCAACAUCAGCUUGUCCGAGAAGCCUGGAAACAUUUUCUUUUCUCCAAAGGCCAAGGUUCCCCUCUCAAAGCUGGAUAAGGACUUAGCCAAUCAAGGGAAAACACCAGGAGUCCCGGACGAAGUGAACGUUUUGGGUUACAAAUCCACUAAGAGUGAGGUUGGCCGACCGGGUCAUAAAAAAGUCCGCAUGGCGCGGACACGUUCGGACUUCCUGACUCGCAGUUUAAACGCCCUGGGAGAGGGGGAGUCAGAGGAGGAGGAGUGUGAUGAGACCCCUCUGUCUCCUGGCGUACCCCUCCCCAAGCAGGACUCAGAGGAGAGCGCACUAGAGGCUUGUCACAGUGACUCUGAAAUGCCGGCCACAGCCACUGAAGAGCAGAAGAACAUGUAUAAGGCCAUGUCAUCUGGAGAGCUGGGCAAAGGUGACGCGAGGAAGAACUCUCAUGGAGAUGGAAGGGUUCGCGGUAAAAUGCGGUUUUGGGGAAAGGCAAAGCAUGGAGAGAAGAAGACAUCGCGAGACCGGCUGUUGUGUGGCAGUGAUACUUUGGAAGGAGACUACCCUGAAACGACACUUCUGAUGGAAGAAGGGGUGGAGCACCUGUCUCCUCCUCAUAGCCCAGACCUUACAUUACAGAGGGAGUUUAAAGAGAACAAAGAGCCGUCCCCUAAAGUCAAGCGCAGGCGCAGUGUGAAGAUCAGCAGUGUGGCUCUAGAGCCGGUCCAGUGGCAGAACGAUGCCCUGCAGAUACUCACAUGUGCCAAUGACUACAGGAGCAUGAACGACUUCCUCAUGAAGAAGAUUACUGAUUUAGACACAGAAGAUGGUAAGAAGGACACAAUGGUGGAUGUUGUCUUCAAAAAGGCACUAAAGGAGUUCCGCUUGAAUAUCUUCAACUCAUACUCCACAGCUUUAGCUAUGGACGAUGGGAAGAGCAUUCGUUAUAAGGACCUCUAUGCCCUCUUUGAGCAAAUCCUGGAGAAAAACAUGCGUCAGGAGCAGAGAGACUGGAGCGAGUCGCCGGUCAAAGUUUGGGUCAACACCUUCAAAGUCUUUCUGGACGAGUUCAUGACCGAGCACAAACCUCUGGACAGCAGCGUGAGCAAGGCACCCAAACCAGACCGCAAGAAGAGACGGAAAAAGGAUACAGAUAUAGUGGAGGAACACAACGGUCACAUAUUCAAGUCCACUCAAUACAGUAUUCCCACCUACUGCGAGUACUGCUCCUCCCUCAUCUGGAUGAUGGACAAGGCGUGUGUCUGCAAACUGUGCCGCUAUGCGUGUCACAGAAAGUGCUGUCAGAAGAUGACCACCAAAUGCAGCAAGAAGUAUGACCCUGAACUUUCGUCAAGGCAGUUUGGUGUGGAGUUGUCCCGUCUGACCAACGACGAGCGAACGGUGCCUUUAGUGGCCGAGAAGCUCAUCAAUUACAUCGAAAUGCAUGGCCUGUACACGGAAGGGAUCUACAGGAAGUCUGGAUCCACCAAUAAGAUCAAGGAGCUGAAGCAGGGUCUGGACACAGAUGUAAACGGCAUGAAUCUGGAUGACUACAAUAUUAAUGUCAUCGGCAGUGUUUUCAAGCAAUGGUUACGUGACUUGCCUAAUCCUCUGAUGACCUUUGAACUGUAUGAGGAAUUCCUGCGUGCCAUGGGUCUCCAGGACAAAAAAGAAGUGAUUCGAGGAGUUUACUCUGUCAUCGACCAGCUCAGCAGAACUCAUCUGAACACGCUGGAGCGCCUUAUUUUCCAUUUGGUCAGGAUUGCCUUGCAGGAGGAAACGAACCGCAUGUCUGCUAAUGCGCUGGCUAUCGUGUUCGCCCCCUGUAUCCUGCGCUGCCCUGACACUAUCGACCCUCUGCGGAGCGUUCAGGACAUUGGGAAAACCACAGCGUGUGUCGAGCUGAUCAUUUGCGAACAGAUGAAUAAAUACAAGGCCAGGCUGAAGGACAUCAGCACUCUGGAAUUCGCUGAGAACAAAGCCAAGAGCCGACUAACGUUUAUCCGCAGGUCCAUGAAACCCGUAAUAAUUGCUGUUAGAUUUAUGAGCAUAACCCGCAGUGCUGCGGCGUCAAAUUCAUUCAGAAAGAGUAAGGGUCAAGUGCACAGGGUGAGGUAUCACACACCAUCUCCUCCAGUGAGUCCCCGCUCCCCAACCGUCCCGGAGCUGAUGCAGGAGAGCGGAGACGAGGAAGCCGGCAAAGAUCCAGAAGUCUCUGAGCAGCAGCAGGUCGCCAUGCAGCAGGAAGAGAAAGUGCUGACCGAGCAAAUCGAGAGUCUGCAGAAAGAGAAGGAGGAGUUGACCUUUGAGAUGCUUGCUCUGGAGCCGCGGGCGUCCGAUGACGAGACUCUGGAGUCAGAGGCUUCUAUAGGCACAGCAGACAGCUCUGAAAACCUGAAUGUGGACUCUGAGGGAGCCACUUCCGACUUCUCUGAGCGAGGCCCAGCGCUGGCCGUCUCGAGGCCCAAGAAGUCUGAAGCGAAGACCCGGCGAGUUCUGCGGAAGCAGCCUGAAUCCCUGGACUCCAUGGAUUCCAGCUCUACCGUCUCCUCGGUGUCGUCUUCCUACAUGCAACCAACCGCGCGAACCCAUAAAUUACGUUUGCGGUCCAGAUCGCCUUCGACCCAGUUAUAUCCAUCCAGCCCGCCCGACAGCCUGGACCAGCCCGAGCAGGACGAAGAGGAAAGAGCGCAGUUCACCAGCCGCGGCACCUUCAGCCCAGAGAAAGGCAAACAGCGGCUUCAGGGCACCAAGAGCUCGCCUCAGAGACACCGCGACCCUCCGAAGAGAGAUCCAGACCUGCCGCCCCAGCAGGUGGUGGUGUACGGCAGCAACGAGUUCAUGGUAUGAAGGCCGCGAGGUUCCACAUCCAUCCACGGAGAAGAGCUCGUCCCUCCCUGCUAGUUCACUUUUGCUGCAUUAUAGUCCUUAAGUGCCAUGUUGACAGGAAAAGGCAGGAGGAGAGAGAUUGGCAGCUUUCCCGGAAGCAGGGAAGCAAAGGGAAUUCCGAAACGGAAUGUUCGAUCAUGACUGUGGGAGACGAAGCCAUUGAUGAACUCCACGAAUUCAAGCUGCUUUAACGUUUACAAUUUAGAACCAUGCGAGCAGCGUUCUCUUCCCCAAGCCUAUUUAAUACAUUUUAUUUACAUGGAGUAUAUAAAUCUAUAUAAAUAUAUUAUGUGAUAUAAAAAGUGUACAAAGCCAGAGCACCAGUGACCGCUGGGUUGAUGAGUUCAUAUAUUAUAUCUUGAAUGCGUCGGAGAGAGAGUGUGUGUUUGUGCUGCUUUUCAUGUUGUGCUUGGAGGGAAAUGAUGCCAUUAAAGGGACCAAGAAAACUGGUGUUAUAAUGCCAGAGGAUCCCAACGCUAAACGAAGACUCAAACGUCUUCCAAACCACCAUACAGUGUAUUAACUCGUUACAGCCAUCCAUCAGUUUUUCCAUUCAUGUUUUUCUGCCUCAGUCUUGUUCUAAGAAACCAGUGUUAAAACACAAAACCACAGGGUCACUAGAUUGCUGUUACUUGCGGUAUUUUAAAUAUAAUCAGCAUUAUUUUCCGGAAAAUCUUAGGAUCAUUCAUGCCCUGCAAACAUGAAUUACCUCUUGCCUGAAAAAGACUUAAAUAUGACUUAUUAAUAUAUUACCGAACGGUCUCUCCUGCCUGUAUAUAUAGUGCGACAUGCCCUGUUCUUUUUCUAAAUAUUUAAUUAUAAAAAAAUAAUAAUCCACAGUAGUGCGUUUGGAUUGGACACACCGCUCGCAUUCAACUGCAGUGUUUGAUAUUAGUAUCUCUCCACUAGUUAUUGAUAUCAGAAAGCUGAUCAAAAUUGUGCCACCAGCAAAAUAUUCCUGUCAUUUCUAGGUCACUAUGGUUUCUGCAAAGAUCAUGAACUUAUUGUCACCCUCAUGUUAAACUGUGAUUAUACCCGGUAACGUGGUUUGUGAAAGGUUUCUGCAUGUGAUGGUGUUUUUCACAGGAGCGAGAGUACGGACACAUGACAUCAAUCUCUGUUAAUUUAUAUUCUGUUAUUUAGAUCUCAUGCAUCGCUGACACCGGUCACACCGCCUGCAGGAUUGAGCAAACCGCUGUCUGGCCUCAUGAUUCAUCUUCUGUCAUGUUGAACAAAUAUUUCUUAUGAAAGAGAAAAAAAGUCAAUGGUUGUAAAAUAAAUUACACAUUUUGAACAAAUGAGAA